AUGGUUAUGGUUAGAGAUAAUCAAUUCCUUAACCUCAAACUGUCUCCUAUACAAGCUCCUACUACUAUCCCCCCUUGCCGCUUCCCCAUCAUACCCGCUACAAAAGUCUCUGCAACAGUUUCUUCCUGCGCAAGCAACACUUUUUCUGUAGCUAAUUUGGACAGAAUCAGUGUUCUUGGCAGUGGAAACGGAGGAACCGUAUUCAAAGUUAAGGACAAGACAACCUCAGAGAUCUACGCGUUGAAGAAAGUGAAAGAAAACUGGGAUUCUACUUCCCUCCGUGAGAUCGAAAUCCUUCGCAUGGUCAACUCUCCUUACGUCGCAAAGUGUCACGACAUCUUCCAGAAUCCUUCCGGAGAAGUAUCUAUUCUAAUGGAUUACAUGGAUCUUGGCUCGCUCGAGUCUCUACGCGGGGUUACAGAAAAACAACUCGCUUUGAUGUCUCGUCAAGUUUUGGAAGGAAAAAAUUACUUGCACGAGCACAAGAUCGUUCAUAGAGACAUCAAGCCAGCGAAUCUGCUACGUAGCUCAAAAGAAGAAGUCAAGAUCGCAGACUUUGGAGUGAGCAAGAUCGUGGUCAGGUCUUUAAACAAGUGCAACUCGUUCGUAGGCACGUUCGCAUACAUGAGUCCUGAAAGACUCGAUAGUGAAGCUGAUGGUGUUACAGAAGAAGACAAAUCAAACGUUUACGCCGGAGAUAUAUGGAGUUUUGGGCUUACGAUGCUCGAGAUCUUGGUGGGUUACUACCCGAUGCUACCAGACCAAGCCGCGAUAGUAUGUGCAGUUUGUUUUGGAGAACCACCAAAAGCCCCCGAAGAAUGCUCUGACGAUUUGAAGAGUUUCAUGGACUGCUGUUUACGCAAGAAAGCAAGCGAGAGAUAG